AUGGCAUCCGACAUCGCCGAUGUUAACUGCUACGUCGUUUGGCCUAAUGGCUACAAGUUUGUCGCGAUGAGCGAUAUUAAAAAUCCCCUGCUACUGGGAUGGAUCCAAGAAUGGCUGGAUGAAGCCCGGGAGCGGAAUAGCAAGGGUGUGACGGUCUAUAAAAAAGCUUAUGAUUCAAUGAAACAAUGUCCUGUUAUAUUUCAACAUCCAUCACAAGCUCAGCAGUUGAGCGGACUUGGACCUAAGCUGUGCGAUCGCCUGACAGCAAAACUUAAAGCCCAUUGUGAAGCGCAGGGACUUCCCAUGCCUGAACCCCCGGGUCAAGCCAAAGCUAAGAAAAGAACGUCGGAUGGUGUAAUUCUUGAUGAUCAACCGGUCAAAAAGGCUCGGAAAACCAAGCCAUAUGUUCCAGCACUCCGAUCUGGCCCAUAUGCAAUCCUGUUAGGGUUGGCCACUAUGGACGAAAAUGCAACCCAAGGAAUGACAAAGGCCAAUUUGAUUGAAGCGGCUCAACCAUACUGUGAUAGCUCUUUCACGGCUCCCUCAGAUCCUACAAAGUUUUACACUGCGUGGAAUUCUAUGAAAACCCUCAUCACGAAAGACCUAGUCUGUGAGUACGGACGUCCUCUCAGAAAGUACAUGCUUUCUGAAGAUGGAUGGGAGGUUGCCAAGCGUAUCCAGAAGACCCUUCCUGGGUACACUGGGAAUACGACUUCUGCAAGAACAGCAUCUGUUACUAAAUCGAGAGAUGAUGACGGCGAUAAUGAUGAAGAUAAUGAUUCUCCAGCCAUCAAUUCAUUAGGCCGAUCUUAUACCGACGGUCCAACUGAACCAAUCGCUCUUCCUCCGGGUAGUUUCAAAAUCCAAUUAAUCUUGGAUACCCGAGAAGUGCGCACUUCUACAGACAGAGACUAUAUCGCAAAUGAACUUUUAAAACAGGGUAUCACGGUCCAAGUUCGUGCCUUGGAACUAGGAGACGCUAUGUGGGUUGCCAAGUGCAACGAUUCGACAUUUCUUUCUCGCCAUGGCGAAGAAGGCGAUGAAGUAAUGCUGGACUGGAUCGUUGAGAGAAAGCGACUAGAUGAUCUGAUUGGAUCUAUCAAAGACGGUCGUUUUCAUGAACAGAAAUUCCGUCUUCGCCGUUCCGGUAUCAAACAUGUCAUCUACUUGAUUGAGGAAUUCACCGCCGUACAUGCAGAUGCUGGAAGCGGCACGGCGCAGAAAUACCAAGAGAUGGUUGCUUCAGCCAUUGCCUCGACGCAAGUCGUCAAUGGGUAUUUUAUCAAAAAGACUCAAAAUCUCGAUGACUCAAUUCGAUAUCUAGCGCGAAUGACUCUUCUUCUGCGGAAAAUGUACGGCGCAGUUGAUUCAUCCCCAUCUUCGAGUACACCAGCCAGCAGCUCUGGGUCUUCUAAGAUCUCUCUCAUUCCUAGCGGACGAAUCUCUUCCACGCAGUCUUACUUCAGCGUUAUGGAAAACUUUCGCAAUCAGGAUCCAUGCACGACAUAUGGUGUGACAUUUUCGACAUUCUCGGCCCUUACGAGUAAGUCUGAUGUUCUGACCCUCCGUGAUAUCUUUCUCAAAAUGCUCAUGUGCACCCGGGGUGUCACUGGAGAGAAAGCCCUUGAGAUUCAGCGACAGUGGAAGACUCCUCGGGAGUUGAUCGAGGCAUACAGGGCCCUGGAUCCCAAGGACAGGGAAAAGAUGGUCUCAGAUAAACUUCAGUCGUUAGUGGGUCGCAAAAAGAUCGCCAAGGUGCUGAGCAAGAAGAUUGCAGAAGUUUGGGGUGAAUCAGGGUAA